AUGUUUUGUCGCACCGUUUCCAAGCUUUCAUCCUAUGAUAUCGCUGUGAUCGGAGGGGGACCGGGGGGUUAUGUCGCCUCGAUCAAAGCCGCACAGUUGGGCCUGAAGACUGUUUGUAUUGAAAAACGCGGCAGCCUCGGGGGGACUUGUUUGAAUAUUGGCUGCAUCCCUUCCAAGGCUCUUCUCCACGCGACCCAUCUCUACCACGACGCCCACACGAACUUUGCCAAGUACGGCCUCAGGGGCGGGGAAAAGGUAACGAUGGACAUCACUGCGAUGCAAAAGCAAAAGGACAUCUCCGUAAAGGGCCUCACCGGGGGAGUGGAGUACCUCUUCAAGAAAAACAAGGUGAGCUACAUCAAGGGGGAGGCAAGCUUUGUGGAAGCGAAUGAGUUGAAAAUAAAAGGGCUGGACGGGAAUGACCAGACCCUGAAAGUCGGCAAGACGAUCAUUGCUACCGGGAGUGAGCCGAUGGCGUUGCCUUUUCUUCCGUUUGAUGAGAAGGUGGUGUUGUCCUCCACGGGGGCCCUCAGUCUGCCCACAAUUCCAAAAAAGAUGAUUGUGGUGGGAGGGGGGGUGAUCGGACUGGAGCUCGGGAGUGUCUGGGCUCGCCUCGGGACGGAGGUCACCGUGGUAGAGCUCGGCGCCCGCUGCGCGGUGACCGUGGAUCCAGAUGUCUCGAAGGUCCUCACGGACUACCUUGCAAAGCAUGAAAAGAUGAAAUUCCUGAACGAGACCAAAGUUGUGGGGGGGAAGCGCGGCUCCAAAGGCGUCAGCAUCGAGGUGGAGGCCAAGAACGGUAAGCGGAAGACCUUGGAUGCGGAUGUGAUCCUAUGCUCGAUCGGUCGCCGACCCUACACAGAGGGUCUGAAUACCGAGGCCAUCAACCUGAAGCUCGAGCGCGGCUUUGUGAAUAUUAAUGACCACUUCGAGACGAACGUGCCGAAUGUGUUCGCCAUCGGGGACGUGGUGAAGAAGGGCCCAAUGUUGGCUCACAAGGCCGAGGACGAGGGGGUCGCGCUCGCCGAGCAGCUCGCUGGGAAACCAAGCCACGUGAACUACGAUGCCAUUCCGAGUGUUAUUUACACCAUGCCUGAGGUCGCACAAGUAGGGAAGACGGAGGAAGAGGUUAAGAAGGCGAAUAUCGAGUACAAGGUUGGGAAGUUUCCCUUCACGGCCAACUCGCGUGCCAAGGCCAUCGCCAUAGAGGACGGUUUUGUGAAAGUGAUAACAGACAAAAAGACGGAUCGGAUAUUAGGAGUCCAGAUUGUGUGUAGUGCUGCAGGUGAGAUCAUUGGCGAGACUGUACUCGCAAUGGAGUACGGCGCGAGCUCAGAAGAUGUUGGCCGAACUUGCCAUGCUCACCCCACGAUGUCUGAGGCUAUAAAGGAGGCGUGCAUGGCCUGCUAUGCCCAAACAAUUAACUUUUAA